AUGGGAAAUACAAUUAAGUAGAAAUAUCUAAUUGAUAUUUCCGAUUUAAAUACAAUAGAUCUUAUAUUUGAUCCCAUUAAAAAGCCUUGCUAAAUGGUUUCUAUAUUGGUUAUAGGCUAGGCAAGUUCAGGAAAGUCUAGUUUCUUAAAUUAUUUGAUGACUUAAGUUGGUUUAAAAAAACUUUGCGAAGUUACAAGCGAAGGUAAAGGAACAUAGAAUAUCUAAUGUCAUUUAAAUUAAAUUAAAAUUGAAGAUAUUAAUUUAAUGUUAAUAGAUACAUAAUGCUUAGAAUAUGAUCCUUCUACCAGCAAUUAAAAGAAAGAAUAAGCAUACUUUUAGCUCCUGAUUAAAAUUUUACAGAUGACUACAUUUGUUUUCUUUAUUCAACAUGGAAAUAGAAAUUUUAUCCAUUUCCAAAAUUUCUUAAAAGAAUUAAAAUCGAAAUAAAUUAAACUCCCAUAAAUUUUUUAUGUUAAGAAUAAAUUAAGAAAAGAUGAAAUUACUUCUUCAUAAUAUAUUUAAGAUGAAUAAUAUAAGAUGCUAUAUUCGCCAUUUAACCAAACAACAGGAGAAAUAGAACAAGUUUUAAAAAAAGUAAAUAAUUUUAUUGAAAAAGAAUUUGAUUUUAAAAAAAUCCUAAAAAAAAAAAAAUAUCAAUAAAUUAAUGAAGAAGAAUUUUUAACAUAUUUACUUGAUACAGUAUCAGAUUGGAAUAAAUAGAGAAGAGAGUAGGAUGCUGAAGUUCUCGAACCUAUAUAAAAAAAGAAUUAACCUGAUAAAAAAAAAUCUAAAAACUUAUGCACGUUUUAGCAAGACGAAAAUGGUAACUGCAAAUUAGUUUAUGAUAAAGAAUUAUUUGACGAAGUUCUAAAAAAUAAAGUGUGCUGUGAAAAAGUAAAAACAGUAAUUUGCUGUGGAAAUACAGGAGUUGGGAAAUCUUUUUUUUUAACUGAGCUCUGUAAAUAAUUUGGAUAGGAUGACUUAAUCUUCGACUAUGAGUGCUCAUCAUAAUAAAAAACAAUAGGAAUUCAUUAUCAUAGAUUCAAAGAUAAAGAUAACUAUGAUAUUUUUUUGAUGGACUGCUAGGGAUUUGAUUACUAUGAUGAAAAACUAAAUGAUGCUUAAUAAAUAAUGCUAUAAUAAUAAUUGAAAUUCUUGAUAAGCUUGUUUUCAAAAGGUUUUGAAUAUUUCAUAUUUAUGUAAACAGAAAUUAGAGAUUGUAAGUAAUUUUAUCACAUAAAAACUUUGAUGGACGAAAGCGCUAUUAAUUUUUUAAAACCUGAAAUUUUCAUAAUUAAAAACAAAUUAAAUAAGAAAGAAACUCAAAACUUUAAAUCUCAAUCAUCUGAAAAUAUCAAUAAGGAUGAAAAUAAAUAGUUUUUUCCAUUAAUUUUUUUAGAAGAUGAUGAUAAAGAUUCAAGAAAAACGUUCAAUGAGUAGAUGGAAAAAAUCUAAAAAAGCUUAAAGAAUGAAAAAGAAACAUAAAACUCAUUUUACAGCUUUUAUGAAGUAAUAGAAUAUAUUCAAUUGUCGAUUACAAUAUUUAACAAUGGAAUUGACAAUUAAUUAGAAAAUAUAUUAAAAAUUCUCAAGCUCAGAUUUUAAUAUAACGAAUAUAUUAGAAGAGAAAACAAUAAAUUCCUUUAAAAUAUGAAAGAGUGCUUAGAUAAAUAAAUAAAAAAUUAUUAAAAGUAGUAUAGCACCUUCUUUUAUUGCAGUCAAAAUAUUUUAUAUUAAUCUUUCUAAGAUUAAUAAAUAGAAUUAAUUAAGAAAGAUUAUAUUAAAUAUAAAAAUGAAUGGGAUGCCAAAUUAAAUUAACUUCUUUUAACUCUUUAAUUUCAAGAUGAAGAUUCCAAAAAUCAAAUUUUACAAAAAUAUGCUUAAUUAGAAAAAAUAGCACCAGAAUUAAUUUAAGCCAUUAAAAAAUAUGAAACAGAUAAAGACUACAACUAAUUAAAAUUGAUUUUUACUUCAAUUGUCACAGGAAUUGCAACUGCUUCUAUCCUAGUAGGAGCUAUCUCUCUAGGUAGUAGUGCCGCAGUUCUUGCUACAGCAGAAGUAACUACAGCUACACUUGUUACUGCUGUUGGACUUAGCGGGUUAGCAAUUACAUUGGGUGCUUCAGCUGGAGCUCUGAUUACAGUAGGAGGACUGUCUAUAGGAAUCAAAAAGUAUAAAGAUUAUAAUAAAAAUAAAGUUCUAAAAGAAAAAUCAUUAAAACUGUUAGAAAAUUUAAAACAAGAAAAAAUUAUCUUUUAGUAAGGUGAAUAUAAACAAAAAGAUAAUUUGUUAGAAUGUAUUACCAAAAACUAUAAGUAAAAUGAUUAACUUAUGAAUUUUUGUCAAAAUAAAAAAGAUGAUGAAAUGUUUUUUGGUUUGCUGCUCAUAACAUUUAUGCUGUUAGAUUUUUCUUUGGUUGAUUUUAAGAAAGUUGAAAAGAUCGAAAAGAAUUUAAAGGAUAAGGAAAAAGAAUUAAUCUCUGUUCAUAAGAAAGUAGAUUAAAUGUUAUCUGAAUUAGGAAAAGAUAAUGCUCAAAAUUUAUGGGAAAUACACUUUGAAAAGUUGUACUCAAUGGAUUUUAGUGAUAUAAAAAGCAAAAAAAACUACACGAUUGAUAAAAAUGAUGAAGGAAUUGUACACAUUAAUAGUUAAAAAUGUAGUUAUAACUUCAAUUAAAUACCUAACUAUACAAAUUAGCAUGUAAUGGCAACUGUUGGUUGUGCCAUAUAAGGGUAAGAGGUCUAUGACUCUUUCUUGUCUUAUGAUUGA